UUACCAAGCGGUCGCCGGGCUGAUGACAUAAAAGCCGGGUUCCGGAAAACGCCAGUCGCAGGCGUGCUGCUGAGGCGUGAGUAUGGCGUCUCGCGGCCGGCGUCCGGAGCAUGGUGGACCACCGGAGCUGUUUUAUGAUGAGAAAGAAGCCCGGAAAUACGUUCGCAAGUGAGGGGAGCCCGAGUACUGCGCGGUGUCCGGGGGUCGGGAAGCGCUCACGGAUGAUUGAUAUCCAGACCAGGAUGGCUGGGCGAGCACUGGAGCUUCUUUAUCUGCCAGAGAAUAAGCCCUGUUACCUGCUGGAUAUUGGCUGUGGCACUGGGCUGAGUGGAAGUUAUCUCUCAGAUGAAGGGCACUAUUGGGUGGGCCUGGAUAUCAGCCCUGCCAUGCUGGAUGAGGCCGUGGACCGAGAGAUAGAGGGAGACCUACUGCUGGGCGAUAUGGGCCAGGGCAUCCCAUUCAAGCCGGGCACAUUUGACGGUUGCAUCAGCAUUUCUGCUGUGCAGUGGCUGUGUAAUGCUAACAAGAAGUCUGAAAACCCUGCCAAGCGCCUGUACUGCUUUUUUGCUUCUCUUUUUUCUGUUCUCGUCCGGGGAUCCCGAGCUGUCCUGCAGCUAUACCCUGAGAACUCAGAGCAGUUGGAGCUGAUCACAACCCAGGCCACAAAGGCGGGCUUCUCCGGUGGCAUGGUGGUGGACUACCCUAACAGUGCCAAAGCAAAGAAAUUCUACCUCUGCUUGUUUUCUGGGCCUUCGACCUUUAUACCAGAGGGGCUGAGUGAAAAUCAGGAUGAAGAUGAACCCAGGGAGUCUGUGUUCACCAAUGAGAGGGUCCCAUUCAGGAUGUCGCGGCGGGGAAUGGUGAGGAAGAGCCGGGCAUGGGUGCUGGAGAAGAAGGAGCGGCACAGGCGCCAGGGCAGGGAAGUCAGACCUGACACCCAGUACACUGGCCGCAAGCGCAAGCCCCGCUUCUAAGUCACCCCACAGUUCUGGACAGGCACUUGCCUCUGUACUUUUCUAUAUUGUUCAGCUGACAAAGUAGUAUUUUAGAAAAGUUCUAAAGUUCUGAAAAUGUUUUCUGCAGUAAAAAAAAAAAAAAAAGUACUCUGGGCUGGGCGUGGUGGCUCACACCUGUAAUCCCAGCACCUUGGGAGGCUGAGGCGGGAGGAUCAUUUGAGGCCAGGAGUUUAAGACGUGCCUGGGCAACAUAAUGAGACUUCGUUUCUAGGGGGGGAAAAAAAAAGCUCUGAGAGCAUCUUAUUUUGUUUAAAAGCAAGAAAUAAAAAUUCCUUUUGUGGA